CAGCUUCAGCUCCGAGAGAAAGAGAGAAGAGGAGAGGGAGAGAAAGCAAAGCAAAGCAAUGGCGAACGAGGGAGACAUGGGCAGCUGGACCGAUCUGCUCCAUUCCUCCACCAAGCUCCUCGAGCAAGCCGCUCCUUCCGCUCAGUUCCCUCCUCUCCAGAGGAACCUUGAUCAGUUGGAAGCAUUAUCCAAGAAGCUCAAGUCAAAAACUCUAAGAGCUGAAGCUCCAUCUCAAUCUAUUGCUGCCACAAGGCUUCUUGCACGUGAAGGGAUAAAUGCAGAACAGCUUGCACGAGAUCUGAAGUCCUUUGAGUUGAAGACGACAUUUGAGGAUGUCUUCCCUGCUGAAGCAAUGACUGUUGAGGAGUAUUUGCAGCAGGUUCAUGAAAUGGCAAUGGUCUCAUCUAUUCAGGAAGCACAGAAGGAUAAUGUUAGAAGUUUUAAUGAUUAUAUGCUGAAAGUAUUGGAGGAUGAUUGGCAAAAGGAAAAGCGUGAUUUUCUUCAGAGCUUAAGCCGGAUAUCAUUAUUACCCAAGACUAACAUCGUUGAUUCAGGCCGUGGAGGUGCUCGUCUCCCCCAAAUAGCCUCAACAGCUUCUAGCCCUCAAGUUUCAUCUGGUCCUUCAGGCAUGGAGAUUGUAGCUGUAGCAAACAAGUCGAUUCUUGAGAAAAAAGCUUCUGUCUAUGGUGGUGUUGCGAAGGACCUUAACAGUGCUAGAGAGCGUGGCUUGCCGUUUAAACCUGCUACUGCUUUCAAGGGUGCUUAUGAAAGUUUGGGUAUUAAUACAUCUGGGGGGAAAUCUGUCAGUAUGCAGAAAAUAUGGCAUCUCAUUCAGGCGCUUAUGGAUGAGGAUUCACUUAUUCGGUGGAAUGUUUCAAAGAAGAUGUCAUUGGUAAUUGGUGCGAGGCGGCACCUUGAGUGGGGACAUGAGAAGUACAUUAUGGACAUGAUACAAAGUCAUCCUGCACAAGCUGCUCUUGGUGGUGGUGUUGGGAAUUUGCAAAGGAUUCGUGCCUUCCUUCGGAUUCGUUUGCGCGAUUAUGGUGUUCUCGACUUUGAUGCUGGUGAUGCUCGAAGGCAGCCACCUGUUGACACCACGUGGCAGCAGAUAUACUUUUGCUUGAGAACCGGGUAUUACAAUGAAGCAAGAGAUGUUGCCUUGUCAUCCCGUAGUGCACAUCAGUUUGCACCUCUGCUUACAGAAUGGAUAAAUACUGGAGGUAUGGUUUCUGCUGAGACAGCUGCAACUGCUUCAGAAGAAUGUGAAAAGUUGUUAAGAAUGGGUGAUCGGGUGGGUCGAGCUGCAUAUGAUAAGAAAAGGUUGUUACUAUAUGCCAUGAUAUCUGGUUCUCGAAGGCUUGUCGAAAGGCUGCUGAGAGAUCUAUCGACACUUUUCACCACCAUAGAGGAUUUCUUGUGGUUUAAACUGUCAGCCAUCAGGGAGUUCCCUCUCGGAGGCUCAUCUGCUAUCCUUAGUGAGAGUUCGGUCCCCUAUAGUUUAGAGGAUUUGCAGGCUUAUCUAAAUAAGUUUGAAGCAUCAUACUAUACCAAAAAUGGGAAGGACCCUCUUGUAUACCCAUAUAUUCUGCUCCUAAGCAUCCAGUUCCUACCAGCUAUCCUCUAUUUGUCUAAAGAAGCAGGAGAUGAAGGGUACAACAUUGAUGCCACUCACAUAGCUAUCGUGCUUGCCGACCAUGGUGUCCUUACGGAAGGUACAGGGGCAGGAUCAAAGUUUGGUGUAAUGGAUGCUUAUGCAGAAGCAUCUAGCAUGAUUCGACAGUAUGGAUCUUCAUAUUUACGUCUUGGAGAUCUUUCAAUGGCAUUGGAAUAUUAUGCACAAGCUGCUGCUGCAGUGGGUGGUGGACGACUAUCUUGGACUGGGAGGGGAAAUGCGGAUCAGCAGAGACAGAGAAGUUUGAUGCUGAAACAACUCCUCACGGAGCUGUUAUUGCGAGAUGGUGGGAUUUACUUUUUACUUGGUCCAAGAGGUUCUGGGGAAGAAGGUGAAUUGACAAGGUUUAUACCAGACAUAAAAACAAGACAACAAUUUCUGCUUGAAGCUGCUCGGCAGUGCUUGGAAGCUGGGAUAUAUGAUAAAUCAAUAGAGAUUCUGAAGAGAAUUGGGGCGUUCUCAAUGGCCCUGGACACCAUCAAUAAAUGCCUUUCAGACUCACUAUGUGCUCUUUCACGAGGACGGUUGGAUGGUGAAAGCCAGACAGCUGGCUUGAUUCAUUCUGGAAACGAGAUUUUGGAGACUUACAAAUAUAGUCCCGAAAUCAGUCCUCAGGAGAGAGAGAAUGUUAUGGAGCAACAAACAGUGUUAAGACAGCUUGAAGCAAUAUUGUCGAUAUACAAGUUGGCAAGAGCAGGUCAUUAUCUGGAUGCUUUGAGGGAGGUUGCCAAACUUCCUUUUCUUCCAUUGGAUCCACGAACACCAGAUGUUACAACAGAUGUAUUGCAGAACUUAUCUCCAUAUGUCCAAGCUUGUGUUCCUGACCUCCUAAAGGUUGCUCUUAGUUGUAUGGAUAACGUGCCUGAUUCCGAUGGAUCACUCCGUGCUCUAAGAGCCAAGAUUGCGAAUUUUCUUGCGAACAAUUUGAAGAGGAAUUGGCCACGUGAUCUUUAUGAGAAGGUUGCCCGAAGCUUGUGAAUCCAAGGCGGCUGUCUCUCAGUUCCUUCUUAUCCUCUGAUGUGCAGGUUGCUUUUGCGUGGGCUAGUUUUGACUGUACAUGAUAUAGCUUUAAUGUAAGCGCCACCAUUGUUAGAAAAAGACGGUUAACAUGCGGGUGUAUUUAUACUCUCGAGUGGGCAGCGAAGCUGAUGGUUGUUUCAAAUGCUGGAAAGUGCUGUGAUGAUGCCCCUCUUCCUUAGUCUGCAAUAUGCCUAGCAAGAGUGAAAAGUUGAAACGGUGUAAUACCAAACCUGAAGAGGUUACUCUUUUGACUUUGCAUAUCUUCAUUCCGUGACGAACAAAACAUAUGUCCUGAGGAACUUCUGGUACACAUAACUGUGAAAACAUGGAUCAUUUCUUGGUA